CCGUAAACCGAAAACCUGGUGCUGCUUUUCAGGUUUUAUUGCCUGUGUCUUGUGUUUCUCGGUCCGGUUUGUUGGUAAUUUUGUUGCUCUCGCGGUUGCCGAAAAAUAACACGGUUACGCUAACCGCAACGACCUCCCUCUCCUCUCUCCCUUUCGUCCGCACAGCAUUGCAUUAGACCCCCGACGCCCCAAGCUUCAAACCGCGGAGAGCGCCGUGAGAGUGUGAGAGUGAAAGAUAACGAUACAACACGGUGGGCUUAGGUGAACGGUUUCCCUCCAAAAACCAAAAAAAGAAACGAAGGAACAACACACGGCAGCCGGUGGCUGACCUAAGCUCGUACGGCGAUCUCACGCCACGCCAGUCUGUUUUCGGAGCGCGUCUGGUCGCGUUCGGGUGCUGCAUUUGUCUGCUUGUGUCGAUUCGCCGGUCGCCUCUCGCGCUGCUGCUGCUGCUGCAGUUCGUUGCCACACGUGCGCGCUACCAUCAGCAACGGAAAGCAAGGGAACGAGAUCGUUCCUUCCCAAAUUCCGCAAUCCCGGCGGUGCGGCGCACGAAGGAGCAGCUGUUUAGCACCGUUUGGCGUGUGAAAAUUCGCACGUGCCACACACACACACCCGCGUACACGACGACAGUGCUGAUAACAACAGGCUUGAGUGUACGACAGGGUUGUUGUGUGUCAACGCUGCUGCUGGCCCGGUUGCGUGGUUUUUCACUGUCGUCAAGGUAACGCCAGCUGGUGUUACACCGUCUUUCGCUCUCGUGACCAUCCGAUAUCGGAUAGCCAUUGACGAAACAAAGAUUAGUCGGCCAUCGACGUAAAGUGUGUGUUCUGCUGCCUUCCGUGCCCGUACCCAGCUGCCAACCAAAUCCCGAAAGGUAAAACCAGUUCCUGUGGAAAUAACACACCAAAACGCAAGCGCGAGUGAUCAUUAUUAGCGAUCCAGCCGAUCAUCCGGUUGCCUGCGUUUGAAGGCAAAGUAGCUAACACGUACACACACCGGCGCAAAAAAAGAAGAACUGAGAAACGAACCGAACCGGACGAAGAAAAAAAACACACACACAACACAUAUGUACAUGUGUGUUUGAUCGACGGCGGCCACGCGUAUAGUGGUUGCGAUUGAUUUCCAAUUUGAUCCGACGUCAGGGAACAUUAGUGGCGCGUUGGCGAUUACGAAAUCACUAUUAGCUUGGAAGCAGAGAGAAUCGAAAAAAAAAAUCGGGAGUAAAAAUCACCGACCCAAGCGACCUUCGGUUGAUUGUGAAAACUCGUGUGAAAUUAUACAAUAGUAACUGCAGAGCGAUACUAACCUGUGGUGUGGUGUGUAUGUUAAAUCCGAGCCAGCAUUCCUCCAUCCAGCAUCCAGCGUUCCAACCCGUUACUAACGUUACUGUGCGGUUACUGUGGUGCUCUCAAUCAGACCCGAAUAAACCGGAAAAGGUGUACAAUAAUCGAAAGUAAACCAUUUUUGUGUUGUUUUUUUGUCCCUGCCCCGAAUCGAAGUGUUCAACAAGUAACGUGUGGUGCUGGAAGCAAUCGUCGUUACACCCGAUGAGUGCGUCUUGGUGGUGUGGAAGGGCAUCAACGUGGACGCGUGGUAACGUGUACAGUGACAGCGCAAGUGUGGCUACGAAAGAUCGAAGUUAACGCAAACCGAGUGUUGUUUCAGUGAUAGUACUUACACCAUCCUUCCUACGCUUUCAGUCUGGUGCCAAAAGUUGUUAGUUUAAGUGUAGUUUUGUCGACCGUUCUACAUACACCUCAGCUGAUCCGCCCUUUUGCGUAUUAGUGCCUUUAUUAGUGUCAGUGUGUGUGUGUGUUACAAAAGAUACAGAAGACCGUCCGAUAGAAAAUGCCGCUUCCAGAAUUCCUAAACCCAACACCGGCCCAGGUGGCCGAACUGCGGCAGCUGUUCAAGGAGAAGCUAGAAAGAGAUGCAGCGAAAGUUCCAGCGGGUGGCUUCCACGAGCAUGAUAUGAGGUGGGUUUUCGAAGGCGACGGCUGGUUGACCAAGUUCCUGGAGAACAAUGACCUCAACAUGAAGGAAUCGUUGAAGCAGCUCUGGGAAACGUUGGAGUGGAGAAAAAGCUCCGGCAUCAAUGAAAUUCGUGAAGAUAACAUUCGCAUGGAAUACAUUAACGACGGGUUAAUGUAUCCCCGAGGACGCGACGUCGACGGCAAGACCGUGUUCAUCUUCAGAUCGAAGCUGUACGUGCGGGGGACCCGCAACCUGGACGACCUGAAAAAGUGCUUCCUGUACUGGAUCGAGCGAAUCAUUCGCGAAGCGAACGACGAUCUGGUGACGAUCGUGUUCGAUCUGACCGAUGCCGGACUCAGCAACGUCGACAUGGACUACACGAAGUACAUUAUCAACACGUUCAAAAACUACUAUCCCUGCUCUCUGAACUACAUUCUCAUCUACGAUCUUCCAUGGAUAUUGAACGCCACCUUCCAAAUCAUCAAAAAGCUCCUGCCCGCCAAAGCCGUCGACCGGUUACGGAACAUCAGCAGUAAAAACAUUCGCGAGUACAUCGAUGACGACAACAUGCCGCGGAGCUGGGGCGGCAAGGACGAUUACGUGUUUCAGUUCGUGCCGGAAAGGCGGAAAUCCAUGGAGUUACCGUUAACGCAGAACGGUAUUCAGAAUGGCAUCCUCUCGAAAAAGGUUCACUUUGCCAACCUUAGCCCACCAGAGUCCCCAAUGCUGGACAAACCAAGUACCACUUUUCAGCCAGAGUCCAGCGAAGGAGAAAUGUUACGGAUAAAGCCACAAAACACCAUUACGUUCUCGCGAUUGGGCAAUGAUCUGGUCGGUACGGUCGAAAUCACCAAUGUCGACACGAAAGAUGUGUCCUACAAGGUGAAAACGACCGCGCCGGAAAAGUUCCGUGUACGUCCCAGUACCGGCGUUCUGCCGCCCUCAGCAAGCGUGAACAUCAACGUAAUGCUACAGCAGGGCCAACAGAUGCACACAAUCAAUAGAGAAAAGUUUCUGGUGAUGUGUAUCGGACUGACGGAUGAAAUUUCCACCAACCCGCAGGAUUUAACCGAACUGUGGAAGAAAAUCUCGGCCAAGAGCUCCUCGGUAGAGCAGCAUCGUCUGAAGUGCGCACUGCCGGCGAACUGUGACGAGAGCGGUCUCGAAUCGAUGUUCGGCGGCGCCGGCAACGUGAUCGCCGGCCCGGACCAGUACGGUGUGAUGAGCGGCUCGUUCGGCGGCAGUAGCAUGAUGGGCAUGGGUGCAGACAAGCAGAUGUCGCUGCUGCAGCAAACGAUUUCGCACCUGAACGAAACUACGCACCGGCUGGAGGUGCAGGUGAAGCGAAAUCAUCGGUUCCAGUGGAUUACCUGCGUGCUGUUCGUGCUGCUCGCGUUAGCCAUCGUGUACAUACUGAAGAUAGAGAUUAAGAGUCAUGCUUCGGAGUAUUGCACCACGGCCGAAAGAAACCAUUGAAAGGGGGGAGGGGUAACAACACAAUCCCAUCCCAGCACCGUUUUCGAGCCUCCGAUAUCAGCUCCUUCAUUCCCGGGUUAGCUUUCGUGUUUCGUGCGUUCUUCUUUAUGUAUUGUUCAGUAUGUGCACUAAAAACAAAGCAAAAACGUCAUUUCAUUCGGGGUAAAACCGGGCUUCCUUAAAGCCCUUCACUUCGCUCAGUUUCGUUUGUAUUUUAGUUUGGUAAUUGUAAACCGUUAGGUUCUUUUGUUCUUUGCUACGGGUGGAAUAUGUUGUCUUGCGUCUCCUACGGUAGGGUUAUUUUAUGAAGUAAAUUAUUCGUUAGUUAAUGGUAGAAUACCCAAUUUGUUGUGUUUAAUCGCCAUCUCUUUGCCGCACGGCUAUGAACGGUACAAAACCGUCGUGUUGAGAAUAAACAUAUUUGCAAGAAAA